GUAGAAAAAAAUAGUUCAGGAAAAAGGCAACAGAAAAAAAAGCAGCGCGCGGAAUAUUAUUGGAACCCCAGAGACCGCUGGAGGGAGGAGCACGUGCACACGCAGACGUACUUCAGCUGUAACUGUGAAAAUUCCUCCUUUCCCCUCCGUUGAUGACUCAGUGAGCUGCAGCAGAGAUGGCUCGGGUGUACGUUGGAGGGCUGCAUUACAAUUGCAGGGAGCGUGACCUUGAAAGGUUCUUCAAGCGUUACGGCCGCCUGCGUGACUGCCUCAUCAAGAAUGGAUAUGGCUUUGUGGAAUUUGAAGAGGAGCGCGAUGCAGAUGAUGCUGUGUAUGAAAUGAAUGGACGUGAGCUGCUGGGAGAAAGGGUGACGGUGGAGCAUGCACGAGGUCUUCCCAGGAGGGGAGGAUAUGGAGGCUAUGGGAGAGACCGCGACAGAGACCGCAGACCAGCCUGGCUUGACAGCGGGGCCCGGGGCCACCCUGCUCUCGGCCAUGUAAAGUACGGCCCACCCACCCGCACACCAUACAGAGUCAUUGUGGAGAACCUCUCCUCCCGCAUCAGCUGGCAGGAUCUCAAGGACUACAUGCGUAAAGCUGGAGAGAUCACAUUUGCUGAUGCCCACAAACACCGUCGCUAUGAAGGAGUGGUUGAGUUUGCCACACGGUCAGACAUGAAGCGAGCCAUCGAGAAGCUGGACGACACAGAGCUGAAUGGCCGCCGCAUCCGCCUGGUGGAGGACCGACCCUCUCGCUCCAGGUCACGGUCACGGUCCAGGUCACGCCGUCGCUCCAGGACUCGUUCCAGGUCCCGUUCAAGGAGGUCAAGGUCCCGACGCUCACGUACCCGCUCCAGGAGCAGAUCACGUUCCCGAUCCAGGUACUCAAGAUCACGGUCCAGGUCCAGGUCCAGGUCCAGGUCCAGGUCACGAUCCAGGUCCAGGUCAAGGUCACGGUCUAGGUCCCGUUCCAGGUCGAGGUCACGAACUCCUGAGAACAGGAGGUCGCGGUCUGGUGAUCGGCGGUCGCGUUCAGGGGAUCGUCGGGGUGGCUCUCAGGAACCCACCAAUAGCAAUAGUAAGAACCAGGAUCAUGGUGGGGAGAUGCAGAACCACCGUGCUGCAUCCCCUCGUAGUCCCAAGUCGAGGUCCCGCUCCCCUGCCCACCGUGAUGAUGCUCGUGCUGAACCCAUGGAUGCUCACUCAAGAUCCCCCUCCAGGUCUCCCCGGCCCCGAGACAGCCACUCUCGUUCCCCAACCCCACGAGAGAACGGCCGUGACCGCGCUGACGGAUCACAGCAAGAUGACGGGCAGAAGUAGGUGUCGGGGUAGCCAUUAGUGUGGCCAGCAGGAUUGAGUUACUGGAUUUUUUUUAUUUUUUAUUUUAUUUUAUUUAUUUAUUUAUUUAUUUAUUUUUUUCUCCCAGUAAGAAUCGGGAUUUUACCAUGAUAAAAGCUCACCAUUUGUUAUCAUUUACUUAUUUACAUAGUAAGGAUCUGUUAAGCUCUUAAUUUACAUUAUCUGUAAGAAUUUUUUUUUUUUUUUUUUUUUUUUAUGUAAAAACAUGUAGCACUCAUUUAUUAGUGUUCAAAAUUCUUCUUUUAAGAAUCUGGCUUACACAAACGAUGCUUCUUCAUUUUCAAGUUAUGUGUGGAGAUGAGUGCAUCAGUGGUUGAGAAAAAAUAAUUUCCUAAGAAAUGAGUGCAAUGACUGACUGACCUAAACUGAUAGUCACUGUAUGCUAUCACUCAAUCAGGUAUCAGUUGUGUGGGUCACAUCAGCUUAUGAUAGAAUACUUUGAUCUACAAGAUGUCAGCUGUGUGCUGAAGAAUUUGAUGUGAUGAAAAUGUACUGUUUCUUCUUAAUAUGCUGUUUUGGGAGGCCACACUUCACUUGCCUUUUUUAUUUAUUUAUUUAUUUAUUUAUUUAUUUAUUUAUUAUUUAUUUUAUUUAUUUUUUUAUUUGUUUAUUUUUUAUUUAUUAUUAUUUAUUAUUAUUUAUUUAUUUUUACUGACAGUGCUGCCUCGAGACUUCCCUAGAAACAGAUGAAAGAUGGGAGUAUGAAUAUUAUUUUUUAUUCAUUUUAAAUUUUAAAGUAUUUUCAGGGUCUCCAGAGUUAUAUGUUGACAAUUAGUUUGGUAUAUAAAAAAAUACUACUAUAUAGUACAAAUGAAUAUCCUUUGUGAGUUUCUUUAUGCUGCUAAAAGUUGUAUUUUCCAUGUUCUUAUCAAUAUCAAAGCAGAGAUUAAACAACUUCACUUCGCAGGUUGUCAUACCUCAAAAAGCAACAAGUAAUUCAUAGCAUAAAGCCUGGAUUGGCAUUAGGUGACUUGAUAUUUUGGCUUAAUGAAAUUGCUUUCUAGAUGUACAACAAAAUAGUUCUCUCCUACAAGGUAUUCUUGAUGUAGUACCUUUGGAUAAUAUGGAAAACACUCAUAAGUUGAAGUUGUGGGGCUGCUGUAUUGUAUCUUUUUGGGGAAUAUGGACAUCUUAACUGUAUGAAUGACAAAAUAUCAAGUGAAUGUUAUUCUGAAUUGCAAUGGAUUCUCUUGUGGCCAUUUUGAAUUUAAUAAAACUUAGAUGUUAUGCUUAUAUUACAAUCCAAAAGUAUUGUUUAUUUCCAUUAAGUUGAGCAACAGAUGUGUACUUUUGGGGUCAUGGAAGGCGGUGAGUCUGUUUUGAUAACGUAGGUAGGUACUUCAUUACCUUUUUUUGAUCUUGUUCACAUUAUGCCGCUUCAUGGUAUGUAGUAUAAUUAUACAGUGCCUGCAAUAAAAGUAAAUUAUCUAAUUCACCAAAA